AUGUUCACACAUUCAUUGUCACAGCGACGGGAAGAGAUGGAUCUGCGUCUUGGCCCAGCCUGCAUUUUCCUCCGAGGCAAACACGUUGAGCGGAAACUGGUAGCUGAUGAGAUAGAAGAGUUGCGAGAGGCCUUUUGUGAGUUCGAUAAAGAUAAAGAUGGAUUCAUCAGCUGUAAAGAUCUGGGUAAUCUGAUGAGGACUAUGGGAUACAUGCCUACUGAGAUGGAACUGAUAGAACUUGGCCAGAACAUCAACAUGAACCUUGGAGGGCGAGUAGACUUUGAGGACUUUGUGGACCUCAUGGCUCCUAAGUUGUUGGCGGAGACGGCUGGAAUGAUUGGCCUGAAGGAGCUAAAGGAAGCGUUCAAAGAGUUUGAUAUAGAUGGUGAUGGUGCCAUUACUAUUGAUGAGCUGAGGCAUGCCAUGCAGAAGCUGCUUGGGGAGACUACCAACAGGAAAGAGAUAGAGGAUGUGGUGAGAGAGGCGGACAACAACGGAGAUGGAACAGUGGACUUUGAGGAAUUUGUCAAAAUGAUGUCACGGGAUUGA